AUGGAUGAAAAUGACAAGUCCUCGCGCGCAUCCUCCCGGCAAGAUGAGCUAGAUGCUCUCUUCGAAACACUCUCACCAUUUGAUAUCCUUUACCUUAGGAAGAAAAUCUCUGAGACCACGAUCACACUUGCAGGCCUAGAGAAGUUACCCCCGGAGAUGAUCUGUGAGAUUCUGAAGUUCCUGAAUUUUGAUGAUUACCGAGCAUGCCUUGCCGUCAGCAAAGGCUGGAAAACAAAGUUCGGAGCCAAAGAGACCAUGACCCAAGCACUUCACAGAUUCUUCCCUGGCCUUAUCCCCUUGAACCCCAAUGACCACCCCCAAAAGCUGUUCUCUAUUGAACUAGCAAAGCACCUCAAGUGGCGGUACCCUUACGACAGUCGCACCUGGACGCCUUGGGAUCUCUCGACCACCAACUUUUUCUCGCGCCAGACAGCCGCGGUUCACUCACAAGGUGUUCCGUGGGCAUUUAUCUACAAUAAGGGAAAGCUCGUAUGGCAACUGUCAACACAUAUCAUCAUUAUCGACGACAUCCGCAAGGCGAACCGGGAGAGAUUCGCCCCUCUCGCUAGUGCCAUGAGAGGGGCGCGAUUUCAAGCGGCGGCAAUCAGUGAGCACUUCUUAAUCCUCUUGGAGCUAUUGCCAGGUUUGAGAAAGAUCCACGUUGCCAAGAUGGAUACCAGGGGUGCCUGGGCUGAGUUCAUUCUUCCCGCCGGUCUCGACCACGCAUAUGUAGAUCUGAGAAAGAUGUUCUUUGUCACCGCAAAUGGAAAAAUCUUCAGCUACAGCUGGCGGGAGUCUCUACAAGAAAUCGACCUGUCCGGGAUCGGACACCCCUUUGGACCCCAGCCAGGGUGUUAUGGCUUAGCGCAAGUGCUACCACAUCCUCAACAUGAUGAUGUUUUCUUCGCCGUCUGGACGCUCUCCCACACUGCUCGUGAAUUGAACCUCUGUACCCUGAAGGUGGUCAAGUUCAAGGACGGAAAGAUUGUCGGCACCAAGACCAAGGCAAUCCGCAACCCCCUGCGAAACCCACAGGAGGGUUGCAGCGAACUUACCCGACUGGCAAUAACCUUCUCUGCCCGCAAGUCUGACGACCACGGCACCUACACCCUAGCCACCUACCGCUUCCAAGGCACCGACAAGAGAAAGCUCGAACUCUGCGGCUGCUGUGAGCCCAAGACCCUGAAGGGAGAUUGGAACGUCAUAACCUUCAACCUCUUCACAGAGUCCUUCAACGACUACGAAUUUCUCUCCGCAGACCCGGACCUCCGCUGGAACGGCGAUGCUCGGGCCAUGCAAGGCCAGAAGAAUGUGAAGAGAUUGACCGACACCCACUUUUGGAAGGGUGAUCUUGUCAUUGCAUCAUCAAUUACAUUUGAUGAACUGGGACCUCACGAGUACGCUGAGUACUACACGGAAACCCAUAUGGAGACUCUCCGACCUUUGGGCCGACCCCUAGCGCCAGUACCCCAAUGGAGACCCAUGAGACACGCCGACCCCGGGCAGGUGCUGAGAACUAAAGUGUUCCAGGACGACGACUUUAUGAUCUUGCCUAGCCUGGGCGGUCUGGCGUUAUACAAACCAGAGAAGACGGCCCCGAACCCGGGCACCUUAUUUGAUCACACCCUACCAUUCCAAGACAUGGGACACGAAAACCUGCCGCUCAAAUUUCAAUUUUGGCAGAAUGCUCGAUUUAUCGACCUUAAGCACGAGGAAGAUCCAGAGGAAGAGGAUGAGGAAGGGGACGAUGAAGACAGUGAUGAUGGCGGUGACGACGGUAAUUAA